UCUCUGUCUGUGGGAGCACAUUGUUCAACGCGGGCUCGGUUCACCCACAGAGCCCAGGAACUCUCCGGCGCAUUGUACCCAGUGAAAACGCAAAAAUCGCUGCCCGAGCUGGGAAGGAGAAGACGAAGAAGCUGCGGGAGAUAACUGGAGACGACGGGGGAAGCAACAAAAACACACACACACACAAAAAAAAGAAAAAACCAAACCAAGAAAAUUGAGUUUCCUCUUGAAAGAUUUUUCCUCCUCCCCGGUGGUGGACCGAGCAAACGUCGCUAAUUAGACCCCUGCUUGUUCAGUGGUGCGUGUGGUGAGCAGCAGCGGAAAAGAUGACGGAGUAUAAGCUGGUGGUGGUGGGAGCUGGAGGCGUGGGCAAGAGUGCACUCACCAUCCAGCUCAUCCAGAACCACUUUGUGGAUGAAUAUGACCCCACCAUAGAGGACUCGUACCGGAAACAAGUUGUGAUUGACGGGGAGACCUGCCUGUUGGACAUCCUGGACACUGCAGGUCAGGAGGAGUACAGCGCCAUGAGGGACCAGUACAUGAGGACAGGGGAGGGUUUCCUCUGUGUCUUUGCCAUCAACAACACCAAGUCUUUUGAGGACAUUCACCAGUACAGAGAACAGAUUAAACGUGUAAAGGACUCAGAUGAUGUUCCCAUGGUGCUUGUCGGAAACAAAUGUGACCUCCCAGCACGCACGGUGGACACGAGGCAAGCCCAGGAACUCGCCCGCUCCUACGGCAUCCCUUACAUCGAGACCUCUGCCAAGACACGACAGGGAGUGGAGGAUGCCUUCUACACACUGGUCAGAGAGAUCAGACAGCAUAAACUGAGGAAGCUGAACCCACCUGACGAGAGCGGUCAGGACUGUAUGAGCUGUCGCUGUGUGGUAUCGUGAUGCAGCUGACAGUUGGACGUUGAGAAUAAAUGCUACAGCGCGUAGUGGCAGCAUGGACUUAAAGGCAGGAAGAUAAAAACAACUCAAUGAUGAAAUAUAAACUUUUUCAAAAAGAGGACGAUUGAAGCAAAAACGCUCUCGAGGAAACCACCAGAGCUGACUGAACCAUAGACCCUGUUAUGGAAAGGAGGAUUUUGGGAUUGUUGCCUAUUAAGUGGCUGGCCGAACAAGCCUGGUCUGCUCCCUUUUUUUGUUUCUUUUUGGUCCACUCGUCGACCUGUGAGCAACACCACUAAUGACUCUUUGUCAACUCCAGUGCGGCCUCGCUGGGUAGCUCCACACGUUUUCUGCUAACUUAUUGUUUUCAGUCUCAACACUGGUCUUAAAGGGGGCGUCACCAACCGCCCUCCUACAUUUGCCUAAUCCCGCUCCCCUUUGCCUGACCACUGGAAGGACCGACUGACUGAAAUGGAAAGGACUGGAAUUGACAAUUAGUUACCCUAACAGCUCUUACAAGAUUUUUCAUCUCCACCUGACUCCAACUGCCUCUGGUUUCCCCCGAUUGGCUUCGUCAUACUGAUUACCGGGGGUGGAGGUUGACAUGGGAACGACUAUUAUUUGUCAUUGUUGUUUAACAGUUAGCCUAGCGGUAAAAGUCUUUUUGAUUUUGAUUUUUGAUAUGGAACAUUUUUGGUGAUUGGAGGAUUUUGAAAGUCCCUGAGCACUAUGUGAGCGAGGGUGUUCGUUUCCAACAAUGCCUGGUUUGACUUUUUUUUUCCAAGACUGGCCUGACAUAGAAGUUCUUUUUCAGGGUAGAUAUCUCAAAUGGAAAAUAUAGAGAUAGAUGAAUUUCAAGAAUUCAGCUGCCCUCUCUCCUCGCAGAUGUUUCUUUGCUAAGAGUUGUCUUUGUGAAUUAAUAAUAAUAGUAACAGCUAGUGUACGUAGGUUCUGGUGCAAUAGGAUUCUUAACUGUCCAAUGAACACAAAGUAUUGGGAAUAAACCACCUCUCAUGACUACUUAUUUUCCUGUUUCACUUCGGUUGAGGGGGCGAGAGGUACAGUGCAUGAAAGUGUAGUUGUCAUCAUUGCAGUUGCAGGAGAGGCUACCUGUAGAUAUGGAUAAACGCAGAUUGUGGUGUUGGGUGACUUUCUUUCCAGCUUUCUUUCCAGCAACUGCAGAGCGUGUAUAACUUAUUUGCAACAUGAUGAUUACAGUUAGUUUUUAGAUUUUCCAAGGAUCGCUCCUUGUGGUUAAUAAGGCUCAGGAUAAGGGGUGUGGGGGGGGUCCGAUAAGGGUCUCCUCAGUCCUGGGACAGUCCUGGAAACCAGGGCUACGGAUGUCACCAGAAAGCUUCGCAGGGCGUAAUGCACAAGUCCUGCCUCACUUCAGUUUUUCCCUCACGCCACUCUAUCCUCAAAACUACUCCUCUGUCACUGCAACCUCAGCUCUUCAAAGACACAAAUACAAGUCAGGUGCUAAUCAUGUCACAACCAUAUAUUUAUCCUCUAUAUGUAGGGCUGUUGUGCAUAGUAAGCGGUGGAUGUUGGGUUAUCAUAGCUUUGCUUCUUCCUUUUUGUUAACACUGACUAUCUCGUUGCUCUCCACAACUGCAUUAACUUGCUGCCUGAAUGAAAAAAAGAUUGCUCUGUGUUCACUUGGCCUUAUGUUAUCUAGUUUGUACCUCAUGUGUGCAGCAGGCUCUACCUGAGAUGAUUACCAUGUUCUGGUUGCUGCAUUGUUUUGUUCAUGUUUUAUUGUGUGCAACUGAAAAACGAUAUAGAGGUGUGUUGAGUUUAGACAUGCACUGUACAGAAAUUGAAAGACAGGACAAGCCCAUAAAAACACUACACUGAUUAUUAUUAUUAUUAUUUUUAAAUAGAGGGGUGGGGGGGGUUCUCUGUAAAAAGCAUGUGAAUGUGAUCCUGUUUAACACGACUGAAAAACAAAACAAAUUAAAGCAAAUUCUUUCAGACAACGUCCAGUACAAGCCAAGUUGUCUUGCUCUCAUGUCCAUGGAGUUUUAUUCCUGUUCCGUUGGAAUAUAUGAUGUUAAUUAACACAAAUUAUAGCAGUUAAUACACAUUUAACUUUCACAGUUUUGAGAAUUGGUCAUGUGUAAUAAUGAUCCAAACACUGGAGGCAGAAGAUGUCAAAUGUUAUUUUGCCACUGCCUCAUUCGAACAGAACUUUUAUUUUGUAUUGAUUUUGUACAGGUGAAGUGAUUCUUUUUCCAUACAUAACAUUGCUUAAAAAUAUGACCAGUCUAGUUGAUGUGUGGAUGAUAGUGGUCAAGUUGUUUUUUAUGGGUUCAUUUCUCUGCUUAGACGACAGAUAUGAACUGUGAAUGUGUUGGAGUAUUUAGAUAUUGUUUGCGAGAAGCCUUGUGUUAAAAAAAAAUUACAAUACUGAAACAAUG